AGCGAGGCGAACAAAUGUUACCAUGGUAACGAUAAAAAAAGAGCCAACAAACCUGCUCCUGCCGUUAGGUUAUACAGGGACCUGUAGUUUUUCUGUCCUUCGUUGGUAUAACUUUGAACACGGAAGAAUUAUAAUAAACUACACUACCCACCAUUCACACAGUUACACCAUUCAUCACAGGGCACACUAGUGUCCAGAGUAUAUCUUGUAUCGCAGGUUGUAGGAGGUUGAACAAAGUAGAACUGAUGUAUUAAAUCGUGAUGAUAGAAAGAAGAUAGUCAGGAUUAGGGUUACAUACAGUGAGGUUUAUGAAAAAUAAUGGCAUUUCAAGGAGACAAUCAUCUUUUAAACUGGAGAAGACGCAGCAAACGAAAAACACCUGGCCAGAAGAUGCAACUGAAGAUGGACGAUAUUGAUGAAUGGAUGAAGCGAGUGGAAAUGGCCUCCGAGUUUGCGGUGUCAGAGGUGUUGACCUCUGGAGCUAACAGCCGAGCGAUGGCUCUGCAAAGCGCCGAGCAGUUACAAGAUCACGACGACGCUUACAGCGAAGCUCAGGCCCUUCUCAGUGAUUGGAUGAGCAGUAAGUUACGGCUUGAGCUUGAAAUGGACGAGGAAGACGACCCGGCCACGCCCGCUGUUCCCACAGCGGUGCUGCCUGCGUUUAUGGACUACAGCAGCUUUGAUGAGCUGUACAACCACUUGGCUGAGGAGGAGGAGGGCAAGACAGUCAGCAGCUUCCUCCAGGAGCUGAUGGACAGAGAGCUUCUGGACCCUGGGACAGCGCAGGAUCUGCUGCUGGACUUGGAUCCAGCCAGGAGGAGGACCAGGGAUCCCAGCGUUACCAUGGAAGCGCGCCACAGACAGGUGCGGGAGACCCGGGCGCGGCGGGACGCGGAGCGCGAGCGGCUGCGGCGUGCGCAGGAGGCGAGGCGGGCGGCCCUGGAGGAGGCGCGGCAGAGGGAGUGCGAGGCGGAGGCCCGCCGGCGGGAGGAGGCGCGGCGCGGCGAGGCCCUGGUGCAGAAGGAGAUGGGGAGGCUGCGACGGCAGAUGGAGGAGCAGAAGGCCCUGGAGCAGCGGGGGAGGCAGAAGGAAAGGGAGAAGCUAGACAGGCAGAAGGCAGCGGUGCUCCCCCCCAGCGCAGGGCCCUCCUUCUCCACCUACCGCCCCCCCGCAGAGCAGAGCCAGUCCAGGCUCCAUAUACUCAACCUCCAGUGUCUGCAGAGGCCAUUCUCCGGGUGGUACUCGGUGGUGCUGGAGCGCAGGCUGCAGCUCGGUAGGGCAGCGGCACUCUGCGACUGGAGGCGGAGCCUGAGGGCGUGGCGGGCUUGGCGCACGCUCGUGUGGGCCGCCCGGGAGCACCGGGAGAGAGAGGCGACAGAGGAGGAGCUGCGGACCGAGCACAGACACGACCAGCUCGCCGCGGGGGGGGACCGGAGGCGGUUGCUACGGCGAUGUUUCAGCACAUGGCAGCUGUGGUGGCAGUCGGAGAAGGGUCAGCGAGAGCUCCUGGCUCAGCAGGAGCAGACCCGAAGCAAGAUGGCUGCCCUCAUCAGCGCCGCGUCCACCGGCAGACUGAGGGGCCCAGAGGCCCCGGCCCAAGGCCUGGGGCCGCCGGGGCCCACCGGGGAGGGGGCCGACCCUCCCGGGGUCCCAGACCGCGUGGGCACUGUCAGACAGAAGAAAACAGACGUCCUCCCACCCGCCCCCUCCUCUGGUCGUCAGGGCGAUUCCCCUGCCGUCCCCCCUUUGAUGCGACCCCCCCAGCCGUGGCAGGUGACCCGCCGCCACGCCGCCGUCUCUGCGUGUGAACGGCGGCAGGCGCAGCGGAGGAGAGGAGCGGGGGGGGGAGCGGACCAGGGGCCCCGGUCGGAGCCGCGGCACGCCGCCCAGCAGCACACCAUCGCCCUGCAGAGGAAGCUCCUCCGGGAGCAGCAGGAGCACAUCCUGCUGCUGCAGAAAGAGCACUGCCUGCUGGAGGCCCGGGGAGCGGCGGCCCCGCCCCCCAGCCACGGAGCUCCAGAGCAGAGGGCCCAGGGCCGGACCGGAGACCAGAACAGUUGGGGCCGCACCCCCACCAGGAAUGCAGCCAAUCAGCAGCGGCCUCUCCUUGACCCUGUUGUCAUGGCGAUGGAGGAGCGCGCCCGGCUGCGCUUGGAGCGGAGGAGGGAGGUGGAGGAGAUGAGGAGAAAGAAAGAGGAGGAGAAGCUGGCCCAGAUGAAAGCGGAGGAGGAGGAGAGGCGGAGGCAGGAGCAGGAGGAGAGACGGGAGGAGGAGAGGAGGAGGAGGGAGGAGAGGAGGCUGCAGCGAGAGAGGGAGGAGCAGCAGCAGCAGCAUGUGAGGAGCCAGCAGGCGCUGCAGACGACCGCCCGACACCAUCACCAGAGAAGCCUGCUACUCCGGCGAGGGUUGGCGCCGUGGCAACGCCUCCUCCGCCUGAAGCGGGGCCACGAGCAGCUUGCUGUGAGGCACCACAGGGGGCGGGUCCUGUCAACAGGACUCCGAGCCUGGCAUCACUGGACCAGGGCCUCCCUGUCUGAGAAACAGGCAGCAGCAGAUCAGCUGAACCGACAGCUCCUGCUGCGGCAGGCUGUGGCCUGCUGGAGACGGCUGGUGGAGUGCCGGGCGCGGCUGGAGGAGCGCGCCCAGGACCACCACCGCGCCACCGCCCAGCGCCGCGUGCUGCGCGCCCUGCUGGCCCUCCUGACCCGGGAGAGGCUGCUCCAGUGGGACCGGCUGGAGGAGGCCCGGCAGCACAGCAGCAGGCGUGUGUUGCGGCGCUGUCUCCGGGUGUGGGUCCUCCUCCCCGGCCGGCAGAGGGAGGAGCGGGAGAAGGAGGCACGCAGGGAGCAGCUGAGGAGGAGGGUGGAGGAGGUGCUGCCGGACUUCCGCUGCUCGCCCCUGGGCUCCUUCUGAAUCUAACACACACACACCACACACCACACACACACACACACACACACACACACACACACACACACACACACACACACACUCCAGUCCCUCUGACCCGAGACCCGGUCCUCGGAGCAGCAGGUCGUCAGAAGGCUCUCAGAACACGUCUGUAUUUUGGUUUUAUAUUUAGACGGUUGUUUGGGGGGGGGGGCCCUGAAGAAAGGGCAGGAGCCUUUGUGGAGGAUGUCCGUUUCAUCAGCCCCCCCCCCCCCCAGUGCUGAGCAGGUCUCAGUCCAUCUCCGUUCUAACCUCAUGACCUGUUCAGGGCCAUGACCCCGCCUUCCCGUUAAUCCACCCUCCCCAAUGUA